UGGGUUCCUCUCUAUCGGCGGGAGCUCAGUGACAUCACAAGCUCGCACUACUUCCACUCACAGUCGUCCGGGCAGAGCAUGGACCCGUACACCGCCGCUGCUCCGCCGACCGACGAGUGGGAAAUGGAAAUCGAUGCCAUAGAGUCGCCGCCACCGCCUCCGCUGCUGAAGGAGCCUCCAAAAAUCCGCCGCCUUGACGAGUCCGUGGUGAACCGAAUCGCCGCCGGAGAGGUCAUCCAACGACCGGUUUCGGCAAUUAAGGAGCUCGUUGAGAACAGCCUCGAUGCUAACUCUACUUCCAUCAAUGUCGUCGUUAAGGAUGGCGGUCUAAAGCUCAUUCAAGUUUCCGAUGACGGCCACGGCAUCAGAUAUGAGGACUUGCCCAUUCUGUGCGAGAGGCACACGACAUCCAAGUUGUCCACGUUUGAGGAUUUGCAGUCCAUAAAGUCGAUGGGAUUUAGAGGAGAGGCACUUGCUAGCAUGACAUACGUUGCUCAUGUUACCGUCACCACCAUCACCAAAGGGCAGCUUCACGGUUACAGGGUGUCGUACAGAGAUGGCAUCAUGGAGAACGAACCAAAGGCAUGCGCUGCUGUUAAAGGAACUCAGAUAAUGGUUGAGAAUCUAUUCUACAACAUGGCUGCUCGGAGAAAGACCCUGCAGAACUCUGCUGAUGAUUAUACAAAGAUAGUGGACCUGUUGAGUAGGUUUUCCAUUCAUCACACUAACUUGAGCUUUUCCUGCAGAAAGCAUGGAGCUGCUAGAGCAGAUGUUCACACGGUUGCCACGUCGUCUAGCCUUGAUGCCAUCAGGUCUGUCUAUGGUGUCUCAGUUGCUCGCAAUCUAAUGAAAGUGGAAGCUUCAGAUGAUGAUCCUUCAAGCUCUAUCUUUGAGAUGAAUGGUUUCAUCUCUAAUGCAAGUUACAGUGCAAAGAAGAUAACAAUGGUACUUUAUAUUAAUGAUAGAUUGGUUGAAUGCAGUGCUUUGAAAAGAGCGAUAGAAGUCGUUUAUGCAGCGACAUUGCCCAAAGCAUCAAAACCGUUCAUAUACAUGACUAUUAUGUUGCCACCAGAGCAUGUUGAUGUGAAUGUCCAUCCAACAAAAAGAGAGGUUAGCCUCUUGAAUCAGGAAAUUAUAGUAGGGAAGAUACAGUCUGCAGUUGAAUCAAAGUUAAGGAAAUCAAAUGAAACAAGGACAUUUCAGGAACAGACAAUGGAGCUGUUAUCAUCUUCUCCUUUGGUCACAAGGAAGGAUAGUCAUUCUAGUCCUUCACUACCUGUGUCAACAGGAUCGAGAUCUCAAAAAGUACCGGUGCAGAAAAUGGUGAGAACAGAUUCAUCAGAUCCUGCUGGAAGGUUGCACUCCUACUUGGAUGCUAAGCCUCUUGGUGAGCAGGAAAGCAGGAACAGCUUGACUGCUGUGAGCAGAUCUUCUGUUCGCCAAAGAAGGAACAACCCGACAGAAGCUGCUGAUCUCACGAGCAUCCAGCUGCUUAUUCGAGAGAUUGAUUCCAAUAGUCACUGUGGACUGCUGGACAUUGUAAGAGAUUGCACCUAUGUUGGGAUGGCGGAUGAUGUUUAUGCUCUACUCCAGCAUAAUACUCGUCUAUAUCUUGCAAAUGUUGUGAAUUUAAGUAAGGAGCUGAUGUAUCAGCAAGUUUUGCGUCGUUUUGCUCAUUUCAAUGGAAUACAGCUAAGUGAUCCAACUCCCUUGCAAGAGUUGAUAAUUUUGGCUCUGAGAGAGGAAGAUUUGGACCCCGACUCAAAUGAGAAUGAUGAUUUAAAGAAGAAGAUUGCAGAAAUGAAUACAGAUCUCCUCAAGCAAAAGGCUGAAAUGCUUGAUGAAUGUUUUUGCAUACAUAUAGACCAAGAUGGAAAUUUGGGCAGGCUUCCUGUCAUUCUUGAUCAGUACACUCCAGACAUGGAUCGAGUCCCUGAGUUUGUCCUUUGUUUGGGGAAUGAUGUCGACUGGGAGGAAGAAAAGAGUUGCUUUCAAGCAGUUUCAGCUGCUCUGGGAAAUUUCUAUGCUAUGCAUCCUCCUCUCUUGCCCAACCCGUCUGGCGAUGGUCUGCAAUUUUACCAGAAGAGUAAACCUGCCGGAAAUCCCAGUGAUAGGGAGAGUGAGCACAACAGUAUAACCCAUGGCUUUUCAUUUAAAAGCAUGAAUUUUGAGGGGAAUGAUAAGGAAAUGGGAGAUGACAUUGAUGAAGAACUGCUCUCUGAGGCAAAGUCAGCAUGGGCCCAGCGGGAAUGGUCGAUUCAACACGUCUUGUUUCCUGCCAUGAGACUCUUUCUGAAGCCACCUGCUUCAAUGGCGACAAAUGGGACUUUUGUCCAGGUGGCUUCGUUGGAGAAGCUUUACAAGAUAUUUGAGAGGUGCUAAUCAGAACAAUGGCGGCAUCUGCGUGUAUUAUAUAUACUAAGACUAAUUGGUACCUAAUUUCUUGGAGCCUCUUUCGGUCCUUGUAUAACAGAAAAAGACACGGGAGAGAACAUCCUGGUCCUGGUUCAGUCACCUUUAGCCAGGUCUUGGAUGUGUAGCGUUAGAUUUUGGUUCAGUUGGCCUGUUGUCGGGGAGGUUGAACGCUUUUCUUAAAGAUAGCAAAUGUUGCAUAUCUGAAAUUUUUGUAAAUCCUUCCCUCAAAUAUGAGGUUACCUCUUAACAAUUGAUGUGCUGUCGUAGUUUGAAUUUUUGCUCUUAAAUUACUUUA